CUCUCUGGACUACUUCUUGCACAUGGGAUCGUGUCGUCUCUUUUGAUUGGCUGCCGCUCACCGGUCUGUCCUGCUCAUGAGGUAACCCCGGCUGUGGUUGUUGAUGCCCGUGGCUGGGCCGUGAUGGGGCAGAGGGUGUCAGGUGUGGUGAAAUCCACGGAUGAGCCGGAGACGAGCGAGCUGGUGUAUCCGCCGGUGUUCACGUCGCUCCAUAGCCACGGCGUCCCGUUACCCGCCCGUCUGGAGUUGCUGUUGGACAUGCCGCCGGCGGGACCGGAUAUCCAGCUUCAGCACGCCUGGAACCCAGACGACCGCUCGCUCAACCUCUUCAUCAAAGACGACGACCGGCUCACGUUCCACCGUCACCCGGUGGCCCAAAGCACGGACUGCGUGCGGGGAAAAGUCGGAUUUACCCGUGGUUUGCACGCUUGGACUUUGCGCUGGCCCGUACGGCAGCGCGGCACACAUGCUGUAGUCGGGGUCGCGACUUCUUCCGCUCCCUUGCUAGCCGGCGGAUACUCCGCCGUAGUCGGCAGUGAUGCCGAAGCCUGGGGUUGGGACUUGGGACGAGGUCACCUUUACCACGACAGGAAGAGCCGGACCGGCCCUGCGCCGUCGUAUCCGGAGUUUAUCGAGGACAAGGAGGAGGAAGGGACGUUCACGGUGCCUGAAGAGUUUCUGGUGGUUCUGGACAUGGACGAGGGAACGCUGGGAUUCUGUGCCAAUGGGAACUACCUGGGCGUGGCGUUUCGCGGGCUGAAAGGGAAGCAGCUGUACCCGAUCGUCAGCGCCGUGUGGGGUCACUGCGAGGUCACCAUGACCUACGUCAAUGGAUUAGAACCUGAACCCCUGCCUCUGAUGGAGCUGUGCAGGAGGGCAGCACGACAGGCUCUGGGACGCCACCGAAUCCAUCACAUCGAGUCUCUGCCACUGCCUCAGAUGCUCAGGAACUACCUGCAGUACCAAUGAGAGACACAAACACACACAUACAGCCAAAAAAAAUCACCUUCGUUCACUGAAAGCGUGCUCAGAAAUGAUCUGCGGUGCUGUAGAGGCUUUGUGCUGUGCACAGACAUUAAGUGUCGUAGGGACAGACGCCCCAUGACGAGUAUCUGGUUUUAUACAUGAUUAUGAGAUGAUUAAUGAGAAUGAGAUGUCUGUAUUUGUGUGUGAGAACGACUCAAGUUCAUGUCUUCCAUAGAAAUAAUUUUCUUAAGAGCUGAUGAUUUUUGCAUUUAAUUUCACUUUUAUCCAAACACUAUUAAGGACCUAGCUUUCUUGGACAUAAAUCCAACAUAAUCAUAUUAGAGUAAUGCAUUUUAUUCCAGAAAAUGGGUUCUUAUUCUUUUGCAGGUUUUAACUAAUACACAUCCGCAGCGCCUGAGAGCUUUUAAAAUCCUUUUUCCGUUUGUUCAUCAUGAGUUUGUUUUCGUUUGUGUUCAUGACGAAGCUGAUUAAAUCAGUUUUCAGAUGUUUUUAGCGUAUAAACGCAACUUUGAAAUAGUGAAGCAGAUUUUUGCAGAUUUAUUAUUUCAGAUUUUUAUAUGAAAUGGAUGCUUGUCUUUUUCAGGGAUCCAACAGAAACCCGCAAGACGGCAGACACGACUUUGUUCAUUUGUGACCUUUGAAAUGUGAAUAAAAAUAAAACUCCAAAGCCAAA